AUGCCUGACAUCACAUCUCUACCCGGCCAUCCAGAGGAGACCAGCAGCGCCCACGAGGCUAUUCCCUCGCAUCCAUUAGGUGUGAAGCCCACUGGCAAUGCGCUCUUGGCCACCUGGAGUUUGCGUGAUGCGAUAGGCCCCUUCAAACGGCUGCCCGACGAGCUGAUCCUGGCCCUACUGGAGUAUUUUGACGGGCCCAGUCUGCUACGUGUUGGAAGAACCUGCAAAGCUUUCUAUGCAUUUACACGGGCUGAGGAGCUGUGGAAGACAUUAUUUGUGAGCUCCGAGCUAUCCUCCUUCACAUGGAGAGGGACAUGGAGAUCAACCUAUCUCAACCUGCCUGCCUCCAAGGUGCCCAUGGUGGACUGCUCCCAUCUGUUCUCGGAUGCGCUCUACCGGCCCUUCAACUGCGCACACAUUGCGUUGGAGCCCUUUGUGUCGAAUAUCCCCGCGCGGAACCAAAUUGCGCGUUUCCAGGACUUGUCCCCUGAUGAAUUUCUGGCCCAUUGGACCGACCGGCCUUUCAUCUUGACGGAGCCAGUCAAGGCCUGGCCAGUGUAUAGAGACUGGACAGUGGGCACACUGCUGUCUCGCUACAGCCAGAUCAAGUUCCGCGCCGAAGCCGUGGACUGGACUCUGCGCACAUACGGCGAUUACAUGGCAGAUAACUCCGAUGAGAGUCCGCUAUAUCUAUUCGAUCGCGCCUUCGUCUCUAAAAUGGGACUGACAGUCGGUCCACCCGAUCAAACACCAGAGGCCGCGUAUUGGCCACCAUCAUGUUUUGGCGAAGACUUCUUCUCAGUUCUGGGCUCGGACCGCCCCGAUCGACAGUGGCUCAUCGUCGGGCCCGAACGAUCCGGAAGCAAAUUCCACAAAGAUCCCAACGCCACCAGCGCGUGGAACGCCGUGCUUCGCGGCCCGAAGUACUGGAUCAUGUUUCCUUCAGGCGAGAAGCAGCACCCUCCGCCGGGUGUGUACGUAUCAGAGGAUCAGAGCGAGGUGACCUCACCGCUGAGCAUCGCCGAGUGGCUUCUCAGUUUCCACGCUGAGGCACGGCGUACUCCCGGCUGCGUGGAAGGCAUUUGCGGCGAGGGCGAGAUCCUCCAUGUUCCGUCCGGGUGGUGGCAUUUGGUCGUGAACUUGGAACCCUCCAUCGCCAUCACCCAGAACUUUAUCCCUCGGACUCACCUCUGCGCGGCACUUGAUUUCUUGUCUAGCAAAGCUGACCAGGUAUCUGGGUUCAGGAAGGAUGUCCGUGACCCAUAUCAGCGAUUUCUGGAUGGUAUGCGAGCUAGAUACCCCGAUCUGUUAGAUCAGGCGCUAGAAGAGCUACAGAAGAAGGCAGAGGGGAAAAAGCGAAAAUGGGAUGAGAUCAUCCACGGAAAGACAGGAGAAGAUGCCGCAGACGAAAAUGCUGGUGGCUUUAGCUUUGGUUUCGGAGACGACGGUAGCGAUGUGGAAGUUCCAUAA